CAUGAGUCACGUGCGAGGAAGAGGAAAUAUUGAAUGAGAAUUCUGAAAGCCACAGCUGUCGCCAUCUAGCCACAUUUUUUUUCCUGAUGAACAUUGAUGUUGCAACAAGCGUCUGUACAUAUGCGUCUUUAAAGUCCAUACUUUGAUCGCUCAUUAGCUGUCAUGUCACCCUGUAAUUGUAUGAGCUAGCUACUAGCUAAUACAUGUGCCUAACGGCGACGGGUCGAAGAGCGUACACCUGUGCUAGCUAUCCAUUAAUUUGUGAAAAUAUCCAGUACGCCAGUAGCUUGUUAGCACCCAACCCAAGGAAGGUAUAUCUUGACAGAAUGCGAUGGGAAACUGUUGGACUUAUUGUUCUGGAAUCUUCAGAAGAGAAGCAAACAUUAUACAACGAGGAGGCGGGUCCAAAUACUUUAGAAGCAGUACAACUGGGGAACAUUACACAAUAGAGUUUGAAAACCUUGUUGAGAGUGAUGAGGCAGAGAGCCCACAAAGCUGUCCCAGGCCUAUCAGUGAAGAUGAGAUCAUCCACCUCAAAGAGCACCGGUAUACUGCAAUUUCUGAUCAGCAGAACUUGAUAGACGAGAAGUUGCAAGCAGAGUUAUUAGCACAAGAGGAGAAGUUAAGGCUAGAAGAGGAGGCUAGAAAUGCUGCCCAGCGUGAGGCCGCCAGGCUGGCACGCGAGCGAAAGCUAAAGGAGCAACAGCUUGCACAAUGGAAAAAAAGCAAGGCAGAAGUCCAAGGUGGCGCAGCCCAUCCAAGAACGCAUGGCUCAGGUGAAGACUUUGAUGUCUACCUACAGCAUGUGAAAGUCAUGUCAGAAGCCUUCAGGAGCAGCAGGCUGUCCUCUGAGACUAAUGUGAUCACUCCCAACACGGAGAGCAGCUGGGACUUCAACACCAAGACCCGCUCCACCAACGAUGACGGAACCUCACUGGACCUGGAGUGGGAGGACGAGGAAGGGAUGAACCAGGUGGUCCCAGCGUGGGAGAGGUCUAAAACCGAGGAGGACAUACUCCGAGCGGCACUCCGGCCGGGCAUGAAGCAGACGACCAGCGGUACGGCCUCCGCCUCUGAGGACUCCAACGCCCUGGAGUGGGAGAAUGACUUUGUAAGCGCUCACGGCGAGGAUUAUGCUGAGGAGAAUGCAGAGGACUCUGAAUACGAGUGCUUUGUCAACCCCGUCAUGGAUAUGCACACCCCAUCUGAGGAAACACCACCGGUAGAGAUAACUGCACCGGAGACUGAGAAGAGAUAGUCCCCAUCGCCUGGGGAUCCAGAGUCAAAUCCUAAUGUUAGACCACAUUGUGAAUGUUUGAUUAUACACCUCAUCAACUUCAAAUGUGUUUGUUUGUCCUCAUUGGCUGGUGGACCAGUUUUUAUUUGACAAUCUUCUCUUGUGUUAAUUAAGCCUUAUUUGGCAACGUUUUCAUGUCAUCCAGUGCAUUAUUGAAUCAAGUGCAAUUUCCAGAUCUAGUUUGGUGUGAUAGUGAUUGGGUUUUUAUUUGUGAGAGGGCUAUAGUGUUUUCACAGUUAGAAUGAACUGAAAACAACAUAGGGACACAUAAAAUAAAAGCAACAACAACCUAUCAGUGCCUGAAUCACUAGGAAAUAAAACUCUCAUAAACUGUUAACCAGGUCAUAGGACAGUUAGCUGAUGAGGAUUUUGUCCGUUAGCAAAGUGAAUAUUUUAGCUUGCCAGUUGUCUGGUAUGGAACAUGUAGGGAACCCCUAAUGGACUGGAGUAUAUCAUGUGUAUAUCAUGUGUAUAUCAUGUAGCAACUUGUCUGUACACUCCAUGUGUUUUUAAUCGAAAAAAUGCAAGUGCUAAGAUUUGCGAUUUUGUUUAUCCUCUCAGUUCCAAUUAACAAGUGACUCAUCAUGGACACACAGUACUACAUUUUGUUAUUUGUUAGUUUGAAACUAAAUGUGUCAGUCAAAUGCUGCUCAAGUUAUGGACAGGUUUGUGUGUCCAACAUUUUUAUUUGUAUUAUAUACAGUGAAGGUUGGUUACAUCACAUUUGUAGAAUUCCUUAGUCCCCUAUGUACACAUUUAAAUCUUACAGCGUCAGACUUUUCUAUUCUUUUUUUUUAAGGUUUAGGAUUGAUUUGUCAAGGUGAGCAGCUCGUGAAUUGUUUAUUUUACGCUCAAGACCAGCCGAUUACAAGAGAACAUGGCUAAACGAACAUCUGUCUCCAGCACUGCUCCUUCCAAUGGCACUGCGUACAACUUGGGCUCCAACUCUUCAAUCUCACCUUUUAUUUCUGAUUUAGCACAAUCGGACAUUUUUCAAGACCUUUUAAGAAUGUAACCCUGAUCACUGGAAGUGGACAUGGUUGUAUUUGAUUGAAAUGGUUGAUGUGAAGACAGGAAUAACGAGGAACUGUUUGGAGACUACAGUAUGCUCUAGGAGGUUCCUAGAAAUGGACCAAUACGUGUAUAUAUCAUUUCUUUGUGUGCACUAGUAAAUUAGUUUUUGUCUUCCCUCACUGCAAAAGGGGACCCUCUCACUACACCCUUAUAAUGUGGAGAUGAUGUGCCUACUUUGGAGGCUUUUGCUUUAUUGUACAGAAUACUGUCUCACCUUGAUUUUGCAAUUGUUGUGACGUUUGUGACAACAGCGAUUGUCCCCCGUAGUGCAGCCCUACUGUACCUGGGGAAUCCAAGGCGCCACCAUUUAGGUUGUUUCACCCUAUUGAGAGGGAAUUUAACUUUCCUUUGUUUGUACUGCCUGUAGCUUUACCAUCCUAGAAACACAAGCCAUUUGAUUUGAGCAAUUAAAGUGUCAUCAUAAUUGGGGUGAAGAAUUACCACAGCUGCACCAUUGGCCCAACUCCAAAUCGGACCUCCUAUUUGUCUGGCAUCAAACUCAAUUCACAAUAUUUUGUCCACAGAAAGUGUUCAGACUGUAAUAAUUGGAGGGAUUGUAAUUGCAGUUUAUCUAUGCACUGUUUGAUUUACGUGAACUGGUGGGUCCAAUCAAUGAUUGGUUUAUAGUAUGUGUUUGUAGUGUUUUCUAAGGAUACUGUCCUUUUUUUAACGUAAGUUAGCAUGGUGAUAAGGGUUGGACACCGUACAUUAUGGGUGCAAUCGCAAGGAUGGAUUAAAUUGCCGUGUGCUUAUUUCAUAUCAUUCCACUCUUUAGAAAUAUAUGUGUUACUGAGAAUAAUGUAAAGGGAUUUCUGAAGUGAACCCAUUUUAUUUGGCUACUUUUGAGUCAUAGCACAUAUUAUGACAAUUUACACUUUUCAAUUAACCUGCUGAUAAAGGACCUGAAUCCUAAUUUGAGAUCCAAGCAUGUUUUACACAGAUUGGACACACAACUCUCAUUGAUAUCAAUGUUUUUGUUUCAUUGUUCACAGGUUAGGAUUACACCCAUAGUCAUGAGCCUUUAAUUAUUUGAAUACUAUUGCAAACAGGAUGUAUCAACACCUGUGCCAUUCUGUCAAUACCGUAUGACAUUUUUGUUCAAUUUGACUGCAACUAAAAUAAAUCCUACAGACCUUAAUCUGUGAUAAUAUAAGGUAAUGUGGAAAAAUGCACAAUGCUGUAUAAACAGUGUAGUUUUAGUGUAUUGUAUAAUUGUUAUUUUUAUUUACAUGUUUGUCUUUUACCAAACUAUCUAAAUAUCAAUUUCUGAUGCAAUGUAAUACAGAACACAAAAGAAGUAUGGGUGGUGAAAUCUCCAGCAGGUGGCAGUAUUGCUACAUGCAUUCUUUGAGAUUAAGUAUAAGAAUGUAUAUAGUAAGUAACCUGAAUUACAGUGCCUGAUUGAAAGACAACUGUAGUCCAUGGAACAACAACAUCCCAGUUACUCACUCUACAAAAUGUCCCAAGUGGCUAGAAGGAAGCUAUUACUUAUUGCUGUUUGGCAACCAGAUACUGUACAUGUCAGACAAAAUACUGUACCCCAGCAAAUCUUGUAGCUGGAUGGAAUUUUGAGCACUAUCUUCCAGUCAGAACAUUAUGAGAUAAAAUGGUGUGUGUUUUACCCAGUGUGUUAAGGGAACACCUUUCCUCGGACAAAAUGUUGUUUCCUAACCUCCACCAUGGAAGUGUGAAGGUGAGGAAAAUCAAGACAAACGGCAGACUAGCCUUGCACCCGAAAACCUAGUUUCCCUCAAAGGAUUGUGGGAGUUGGCAGGAGAUAAAUGAAAGGAGAGAACAGCUCAGACAAUAAGAGCUCUGCCUUACUGAAUUACUUUGAAAGCUUCCUUUUCCUGGAUAACAAAAGUACUGUACUGUUACAGUAAAUGCUUUACCUUCUUGAACUGUUAAUGAUCAUUAAGAGAUUGUUCUUUAUUUUAAAUGUCAUCUAAAAAUAGCAAUACAGUUUCUAGUAGAACAUUUUCUUUCUGGCCAACAGCAGAUGUGACUCUUAUUGUAAAGUCACGUAUUGAAUCCAUACAGCAACAGCAGUUUUUUUCUUACUCUUUCAAUUUUUUUUGUGACCCUUCAAGGUGCCGCAUAUGGGACAAAAAUGGCAUACACCUUUUGAUUGUUACCCAUGUUACACUAUUUGGAGCCUUUUUUAAAUCAAUACAAAAGUUGAAGACUAUCAUUCCUGAAAUGUCAUAGGUGACGUAAAAACGUCUUAGGGAUAGCCUCCUUUUUUCCAAUUUUCGUCUCAAUGACAUAUCCAAAUCUAACUGCCUGUAGCUCAGGCCCUGAAGCAAGGAUAUGCAUAUUUCUUGGUACCAUUUGAAAGAAAACACUUUGUUUGUGGAAAUGUGAAUUGAAUUUAGGAGAAUAUAACAAUAGAUCUGGUAGAAGAAAAUACAAAGAAAAAAACUAUAGUUUUUUUCUAUCACCAUCUUUAAUGUUUAAGAGAAAGGUCACAGUUCAAGGCAUCACUCUGGUUGUAAUUCCGAUAGAUUCCACAAGACGGCAGUCUUGUGCAAAGUUUCCGAUGGAUAACUUGAAGUAUGAGUGAACUACAAGACUUUUAGUGUGGAGUCCCCAGGUACAUUUGUGCAAAUCGUGGGAGACAUUCACAUUCACAUUACAUUUUUCUGUAAGAAUAUCGUCAAAUCUGUAUAAUUGGACUUUGAUUUAUUAGUAGCCAUAUUAUAAGUUCAACAUUUGCAAAACAACCAGUUUUCAUAACUGAAUAUCCUUAAAAAUGUUGUCCAAAAUGUAAAGGCAUUAUGUCGUACAAGGUUAGUUUUACGACAUAUACAUGGUUUCCGGAUACUAAGCUGUAAUCGCUGCCAAAGGUGAUUCUAACAUGUACUGAAUUUACUCAGGGGUGUGAAAACUUAUGUAAAUGAGAUAUUUCUGUAUUUCAUUUUCAAUAAAUAUGCUGGUUAUGUUGGUUA